AUGGCACGCAGUCAUGCAGUGCUGCUAUUGGCCAUCUGCGUCCCAGCGCUGGGACUCGUCGCGCCGCCGCGGCGCGGCAUCGCGCCGUCGCGCUCCACCAUCCCGGUUGCACGGCGCGGCGCCUUCGCGGCGCGUGCGCCGGUGCUCUUCGCGAGCGACGGCGACGAUGCGGUCGUCGAGGCCCCGGACAUCCCCGUGCAGGAGCGGCUGCGCCUCUUCUGGCGGCUGGCGACGCCCUACUUCAAGGAGGCCGACGGCGCGAAGCUCCAGUUCGGCCUGCUCCUCGCGCUCGUCCUCGCGCAGAGCAGCAUCUCCGUCAUCUUCAGCUUCGUCGGCCGCGACUUCUACAGCGCUUUGAGCGCCAAGGACCAGGCGGUCUUCGCGGAGAAGACGCUCUACUACGCCGUCGGCCUCGCCGUGGCGACGCCGCUCACCGUGCUCUACAAGUUCCAGCGCCAGCGGCUCGCGCUCAACUGGCGCGAGUGGAUGACGACGGAGCUCGCGCGCCAGUACUACAGCGACCAGGCCUACUACAAGGUCGAGCUCGAGCGCGACAUCGACAACCCGGACCAGCGCCUGACGGAGGACGUGACGGCCUUCACGAAGGUGUCGCUCGACUUCUUCAUCACGCUGAUGACGGCCGCGAUCGACCUCGUGUCCUUCUCCGGCAUCCUCUACAGCAUCUACCCGAACCUGUUCUACGCCAUCUUCGUCUACGCCGGCGUCGGGUCCUUCACGACGGUCCAGCUCGGGAAGACGCUCGUGGGCCAGAACGCGGAGCAGCUGCUGCGCGAGGCUGGGCCGAAUUCAAAUCUUCAACUCGACUUCAAUGCGGACCUGCGGUACUCGCUCGUGCGGCUCCGGGAGAACGCCGAGUCCAUCGCGUUCUACCAGGGCGAGCAGCAGGAGGAGGCCGAGGUCACGGACCGCCUGGGCAAGGCCGUCGAGAACAAGCGCGGCAUCCUCGGCACGCAGCGGAACCUCGAGUUCUUCACGACGGCGUACACGUACCUCAUCCAGAUCCUGCCCGUGCUCGUCGUCUCGCCGCUCUACUUCGCGGGCACGAUCGAGCUCGGCGUCAUCACCCAGUCGACGGGCGCGUUCAACCACGUGCUCAACGACCUGUCCAUCAUCGUGAACCAGUUCGAGGGCAUCUCGUCCUUCUCCGCGGGGCUCAACCGCCUGUCGACGUUCGACGACGACCACGGCGCGGACGACGACGUCGCGCGCGUCGAGAAUUCGGAGGUCGCCGACGGCGCGCUGCGCCUCGAGGGCCUGAGCCUGAGCACGCCCGACGGGCAGCGCGAGCUCUUCCGCGACGUGAGCGUCGCCGUGGACCGCGGCGAGCACCUCCUGAUCAUGGGCGACAGCGGCACGGGCAAGUCGUCGAUGCUCCGCGCCGUCGCGGGCCUCUGGGACCGGGGCUCCGGCGCCGUCGUCCGCCCGCCGGCGGCCGACACCAUGUUCCUGCCCCAGCGGCCCUACUGCACGCUCGGCAGCCUCCGCCAGCAGCUCGUCUACCCGUCGACGGUCGCGGCGUCGCCCGCGGGCGGCGACGACGGCGCGCUGCUCGGCGCGCUCCGCGCGGUGCAGCUCGGCCGCAUCGCCGACAGCGUCGACCUCGACGACGUCCGCGACUGGGGCGACGAGCUGAGCCUCGGCGAGCAGCAGCGGCUCAGCUUCGCGCGCGUGCUCGUCAACCGCCCCGCGCUCGCGAUCCUCGACGAGGCGACGUCCGCGCUCGACCUCAACAACGAGGCCGUCAUGUACGGCGAGCUCGGGAAGAUCCCGGGCAUCACCUACGUCUCCGUCGGCCACCGGCCGUCGCUCCUCGCGCACCACGAGAACCGGCUGCGGCUACUCGGGGUGGGUGAGACGCCGAACUUCGAGGUGGAGAAGAUCGUCAAGGAAGGGGAGGUGGGUGUUUAAAGAGUCUUCUUUU